GCUGGUUGCCGGAUUGGACUUUGAGCGGUCAAAGAUUGGAUCGAGAUGGUGGACAAGAGGAGGCCUCCUCUCCUUCUCCGGCCGCGAGAUAUAGAGGGUCACAGAUAUAUCGUGGUCGUCCUGCCGCGAGGAUCGUUUCGUACUUGCUCGCCGCGAGGAAAGCUGAACCGUACGUGUCGGCACCGGAAGCUAACGCUCGUGCGCGGAUAAAACAUGUCGUUCGAAAUUGAGCUGGGCCCGCCGGGACCGGAAGCACUGGCCGUCGCCGUCAAGGAGCUCCGGGAGACUGAGGAGAACGUCAAGAAUGGCCUCGCGAUGCUCAAGAAGCUGCUUGCCGAGGACUCCACGAUCUAUUACAGCACGGACGAUGAUUUUCUAAUGAUAUUCCUACGACCAUGCAAAUUCUAUCCGGUCAGUGCGUUCGAAUUAAUGAGGCGGGUGGCCGAGUUCAAGGACAAAAAUGCAAGCCUCUUCGAUAACUUGAUGCCGUCCGACGAGAGAACGGCUUUCCUCGAGCACAACGUUGUCAAUGUCUUGAAGGGCAGGGAUCACAAGGGCAGAAGAGUGAUGGCGGUCAAUUCUGGAAAGACCUGGGACCCUUCCAAGGUCACCGCAGAUCAGAUACUCAGACUGUUCUACUUGAUCCACGACGUCGCCAUGUUGGAACCGGAGACGCAGAUUUAUGGAACCGUGGUAAUAAUGGACUUCGACGGUCUGACGAUGAAGCAGGUGAUGGGGCUGACGCCAUCUUACAGUAUGAAGCUGCUGACUUUCAUCCAGGACGCCAUACCGCUGCGACUCAAAGAGGUUCACUUCGUGAAGCAACCGUUCCUGUUCAACAUGGUCUGGCAGAUGUUCAAGCCCUUCGUCAGGGAGAAGCUGAAGAAACGCAUGUUCUUCCACGGCAACAAAAUGGCGUCCCUGCACGAGCACAUCCCGAAAACUCACCUGCCGAAGAACUAUGGCGGCGAUCUACCGGAAAUCGAUUAUACCAGCGCCGAUUGGUACCCGACUUUGAUUAAAUGCGAGGACAGAAUUAAAGAGUGGAACUCGUACGGUCUUCACAAGAACAAAUAGACUGAGACACGCGCGCGGGUGGAGGAAAGAUGAUUGUUGAGCGGCACGCUUAGGGCGAUCGCGAUUGUUACGUAUUUCUAAUGAACUUCCAAUUUAAUUGUAUACUUUUGUACGCUAGGCAAAUGGUUUAGUAAACGAAUAAACCGCAAGAAACAUAAUA